AUGUCUUUAGAUCCUACCUCUCAGACUAAUAAUUAUCAUCUAAUCCUUGAGAAUAAGACCUGGUAUGAAGCUCAGCGUUACUGUAGACAGAGAUACACUGACCUGGUCAGCAUCAGAGAUCAGCAGCACAAUGAAGAGGUGAUGAUUAAAGGGUUAAACAGCAGCACACCCUUCUGGAUCGGCCUGCUGUGUGAUGACUGGCAGUGGAUUUAUGGAAGAAUCUCUGCCUAUAGAAACUGGCAUUGGCAGAGCGGUGAACCUUAUCCAUCACCAUACAACUGUGUAGUACUGAUUGGAGAGAGAUGGUACUCAUGGCUAUGCAAUAAUUCAUAUCCUGCUUUGUGCUACUACAAUUACAUCCAUGUGAGUGAAGAGGCUCUGAGCUGGGAGGAAGCGCUGGAUUACUGUGAUAAAGGGAACAGAACUGGAUUGUUGCAGAUUGAGUCUGAACAUGACCAGACUGAUGUGGAGAAUGAGCUCAGAAGGAGGCGUGUCUCUGAGCCUGUGUGGGUGGGGCUUAGACAGAGCCAGCUCUUCGGGUUCUGGAUUUGGCCCGAUGGGAAAGCUGUGUUUCCGUACUCCAACUGGGAUGAAGGGAAACAGCCUGAGCAUCAACUCUCUCAGCACUGCGGUGCCGUCGUUCCACAGAGCUACAGAUGGAAAGACAUGAACUGUGAGGCUCAGUACAAAGCUCUGUGUCACGCCACAUGUUAUCCAUGAUCAUGUUCUUUAUGAACCACCACCCCACCCCAAACACACACACACACACACACACACACACACACACACACACACACACACACACACACACACACACACACACACACACACACAUACACACGUACACAUACGUGUGUGUGUUUUAGAAUUGUACAGUGACACACACACUUACUGGGGUCAGGGUUGUGUAUUUUACAGAGUUCCCCUGUGCGGAACAACGACAGAACAUCAGUGCAAAAAAAUCUAAGCAAAUAAAUAUCUUUAAUAAAUGUAAUAUAAUAUAAACUA